GACAGGAGGAAGUGUUGGUGUAGCUAUAUGACAGUAUCAGAGCAGCUCACCCCAUCUUCCUGAGGCUCCACAUAGAGCUCAUCACCGAUCCUGGACAGAGAAUGGAUGGCUUUGGCCAGUACUGUAAGAUGUCUCAGUCACAUAAUCCAAAAGACACUCAGGCCUUGCUGCAGUCCAUGCUGCAGAGACUGAAGCUCCAGCCAGGAAAAGAAAGCCAGACAUACCUGCACACACCUGUACCCACCACGACUGCUUCCACAUGGAGGCAAGAUGGAGAAAGAGCUGCCACCAACAUCCAGAAAGUAAACAGCAGUCCUGUAAAGGGCUUUGACUUUGGUAGUAAUGGUAUCCCCUCAAACGGGUUUGGGACCUCUGCUGCGGACAGUAACUUUGGCCUCAAAGGUGGGAAAAUACAGCAACCAGGUGGCUGUGAAGUGGAUAGGGAUCUUGUUUCCUUCCCCUCACAGAAAGACAACAUUGAUGGUGACACGGGGGAAGACAGGGUGUUAGGACAGGCCACACAGCCUGGGAUCACCCCAACAGGAAGAGGGCAGCUGUUUCCUGCUGAAUCACUUAAGGAUGCUGAUAUCACUUCCUUAGAGAGGACUGAUAGGGUGAGUUUGGGCAGUUCUGCAGUGACAAAACACAUCCUGAGCAAUAAAGAUGCUGUCACAAGCAUGGGACAGAAUCAGGACCCACAAGUCUGCAAGUGGUCCUUGAAGCCCACUAAUGUUGACACAGGAAGUCAAUGGAAUGAAGUGUUGCAUAUGGAAAAUAGAGGCUUUGGAGCUUCAGCACAAAGUAAAGACACGCAGAGUGUCCCAACAAGCAGCAGCUCUAGAAGAAAGCAUCGACCAUCUGAUAAUAAAACAAAGAGAUGGACUCAGAAAAUCAAGGAGAGAUGGAAGGACAGGCCUGGUAGUUUUGGCAAAAAGGGAAAAGAAGAAGGAGUGAGAGCAAUGGUUAAUGAGAGUGAGCAAGGAGCUGAAAUUUUCUCUCAAAAACAGUUAUUGACAGCAGGACAUCUCAUCAAAACACCAAAUAAAGAGGAAGAAGGGAUCCUCCCUUCAGUCCGGAGCUGGGAUCGCAGUAUUGCCCCUCCUACACACACAGAAGAUGCCACUAAUGAAGAAAAGACAAGAUUGAGCAGUGACUUUGAAUUUGGCCUGGGCUCGUUUAGCUUGCUGGAGGAGAUUGUCACUGGUCAACAGUGGGCCAAGUUCAUACACCCCAACCAAUCAGCCUACUCAGCCAAUCAGAGACCAUCAGAGCUCACAAUCCCACCAAAUCCUCAUGAUAGUGGUCAAUCAAAUCUGAUUUUGAACCAACAAGGAGGUGUGAACAACCAGUGGAGCUUAGGGAAAACUGAGGCAUCAUCAGAUUUAGAUUUCAGUAUGGCACAAAUAUCUCCUGAUGCCUUCCAAGCUGUCAGCAUGGACGUUUCUGAAGGAAAACAAGCUUCAGUACAGGAGGUUCACAGUGAGGCCGAUCAGUCAGAACCAAUGGAGCAUGGACAUACCUAUAGACCUCCUUUACUUGUAAAGCAGCCUGAAAAUAUUCUAGACAAAUUAGCGCUAAACAGCAGAGUCCAGCUCAACAGGAAGAGACAGCAUCAGUCAGCUGAGAGGAGAGACGAGAGGCUACAAACUGAGCAAAUAAGUAAUGGAAAAGAGGCACACAGAGAGGGGUCCAUAUCUUCACUCAGCCUAACAAGCAACCACGUGAUGGAGGAGACAGGAGAGUCACAACAUGAUAACUUCAAGCUUUUAUACACCCGGAACUCUAAUCCUCCACCUCUCUCUCCAUCUACUCUUUUUGCUCCUGCACCCCGGGGUGUUCUCAAACAUUCCAUAUCUCAGGAAUCCCAGUCCUCAAUGGGAACAGUGACAAAAAGGAGGCGAGUCGAGGUGAACCGUCGGGUUCGUUUUUCCGAGGAGGUGGUGGCCAUAACGCCUCCAGAGCUGGACCCGGAUGCUACAGACUCAGAGGAGGAUUCAGGUGCAGAGGAGGACUCUGUUAUAGAGCAGGAGUGUGAGCAGGAGGAGGAGGAAGAGGAGGAGCAGGAAGGGACAAAGAGGGUGGAAGCACCAACACGCCGGCCUGCUCUCCCUGCCUGGAUACUGGCUCUGAAGAGGUGGAACACAGGGAAGAAGGACAAACAGGGACUGUAAAACUGCCUUACGCAUAAAGGCUCCCAGACAUUCUUAAAAUGAUUUAUUGUGUUCUUUUCUGGCCACCUAAAGCACCACUGUGUCUUAUUGCUCCCCUUGCCUUUCUACACCACCACUAUUCAAAAUUCAGCAAUUGCUGAGAGUAUUUCAAGCCUUUGCAACUAGACCCGUUGUUUGACCCUCAACUGUUUGUUUUCUGUCCAUGCUCUCUGCUCUGUCUUUCUCCAGACUGGAUUAUACUCUCCCAGUGUGGCAUCAGCUGCAUAUGACUGUAUAGUCAAAUUGGUUGCUG